GACUCACUCGCAUUCCUGGGCUGACAGAGAGCAGACGUCUCCUGGGGAGGUUCACUUGAAACUCGCAACUCACUCGCCUCAUUCUACUCGAAGCGGCGACGCGUUGAUCCUCGUGCCAAGCGUUCGUAGGGCCUGCGACGACUCCACGGAUUCCUGCCGCCAUUCCCUUCACUGCUGCUACUCCCUUGGCUAGUGCCCACUCCUCCAUGGCUGCCGUUUCCGCAUCCCUCGCUUCCCGCGCCCUGCCUUCGCGGUGCAACCUCAAGCAGCGAAGCUCGGCGCGCUCUGCCGAAGCGAACUCGCUGCUCCACGUGUCGCCCAUCAACAGGCUCAGGUUGUCGCAUACCAUCAGCCGGUCGCAGAGCCACUCUCGUCGCACAUCCCGUACUGUGAGGGCGUCAGGUGAAUCUUCAGAUAAGCCGGCAUCUGACUCUCCUGCUGCAGCUGCUCCUUCAUCUGUGGACAAACCCUCACCUCAGGUCACCUCAUCGUCAUCAUCGGCAGAGUCUGCAUCCGGAGUUCCCGUGCUAACCAUCGUUGCGGGAGUCUUUGUGUUUGCCGUGGUGCUCUUUGCCCUCUUCUCCCUUGCAAGUGCCAUUAUUGGCCUGUUCAUGCGCUGAAAUGAUUCGUUGUAAGCUUCGUGCAUAGUAUUUCGAAGUUGCGUUUUGUAUUUAUGCAUUUAAAGUUUAGGUAAUUCGGUGUAUAGUGAUUAGUUCAGCCCAAAUUGACU